AUGGCCAGCCUGUUGGGCCAGAUGCAACUGAAUUUGCCAAUUUCAUUGACUUUGGUGAGGAAGCAUAUACCACCUGCAAAGUUAGAUUGGCGAGAUGUUGAUGUAGAGAAAAAGUUGUUUGUGUGGGAGACCUUGAAGGAAUUUUAUGAGCUGGACUCAACUUCUUUGAGCUUUGUUAUCAACACUUCACACAUAAAAUGGAAGGAUUGGAAGACAGAUUUAAAGAGGUACAAGUUUGAUGCUGCACUCACUGAUGCACAACUUAUGAAAAGACGUGACAACAGAAUUAGUGAAGCUGACUGGAAGACCCUUAUUACUUAUUGGAGAUCUUCGACAUUUGAAAAUCGUGCCAAUGCAGUACCUCAUACAUCUGGCAGCAAGAGUCAUGCCCGUGUUGCCAAUGAAAUGGCUGUCAAACUUGGGCAUGAUCCUCGGAGAGAUGAAGUUUAUAUCGAAACACAUACAUGCAAGAAAGGGGAAAGGAAAGGGAGUUAUGUGCCGCAGGCAGAAACAACAAUUAAAGAACUCAUAGAGAAUGCUGAAAAGCACCCUGAAUGGAAGGAAAAGAGCAUUCAAGAAGGUGAUCUGUUUGCACGUGUAUGUGGAAUGAAGGAGCCCAGGGGUCGUGUCCGUGUGUUAGGUCUAGGCCCAACACCUCAAGAUUUGGGCACACCAGGUACACGGGGUAAAUUGAGCACAAGAGUUCUAGUUGAAAUGCAAGGGCGUCGAGAAGCUGAAAAUCGCUAUAACAUGCUCCAGGGGCAUGUGCAACAAAUGGAAGAACGAAUGAACCGAAUGGAAUUGAUGUUAGCUUCACAAGGAAGGCAUAAUCUGGAAACUCCUAGCUCGCAGCAUGGUUCCAAUUCUCGACAAAACUCCGGAGCUGAAGCUGAGGAACAUAAUGAUGCUGAAAAAGAUGUUGAACAUGAUGAUGAAGAGCCAUUUGUUCAAAGAAGAGUUGUUGCAAAGCCCCCAGCAAGAUGCUCAUCAACCUAUGAAGAUGAAAGCCUUAUUGGUAUGGAUGUGCUUCUAUAUGCAUGGACUGGUCCUGAAACUCCUAUUGCCAAGGCAACAAUUAUCUCAAUUGACCCAGACACUAUUGUGGGCGGAGAGACCCUUGGACCAGGAACUUAUGAGGUUCUUGUCAAUGUUGCUAUUAGAAGGGAUGCUACGGUGCCUUAUGAAUAUGACGGUUUACAAAUUAUCGCUGAUGCUGUCACAAGGAAAGACAUACAAAAGGAGCAGGAAGGAACCAGGAAGAUGUCAGUUUGCAUCGGCUAG